UCAUUGAACAUUCGUUUUCCAUGAGAACGUUCAGCAGAAGCAAAGUCGAUCGCGUCUGAGAGGAAUGGCGGAAAAAGUACCGGGAUCAGGUUGAUCGGUUAAAAUUCGACGUAAUUGCAAAUCUCAAUUUCUUAUCGAAGUGCUGCAUUAUUGAAAAGACAUUUCAAUGGAGAUGGAGCGCUACCAUCGGAAAACGCCGCUGAAAGUGCUCAAGUUCAUGUGGCUUGCCAUCCGAGAAUCGAACGGACAGGAAAUCGAACAUACUCGACUGGUAAAGCAUUUGCAGAAGAUUUUUACAUCUGCAGGAGAUCAAAUAGAAUCCUAUGUCACCAAUGCGGUUGUGGACAACCUAAUCCAGGUGGUGGACAAUCCCAAGCGACCAAAACCCAAGUCGGUUUACCACUACACCUUACCGGAUGUCUCCGGUUUUUCGUUUGCGGAUGAACAUCCAGAUGUAUACUGCUAUGAGUGCCACUUGGAAGGCAACGUCCAGAAAUGCGAAGAUUGCGUCCGGGUAUUCCACCGGGAGUGCGUUAAAACAUUGGCCGAAAAACAUGCCAAAAUGGAGGAAUAUGUAACAAAAUACAAGCGAGUGAACAUAUCUGACUUUGGACUUCCGUUCGUUGGAUCUUCGACGCCGGUAGGCACCGUGGCAUCGCCUCCAGUCGAUGCAAACGAAAACCAUACCGCACCGGUUGCGGCACAGCAGGAGGUUCGUGUCAAAGACGAACUGGGAAUAAAACAGGAAGAAGAAUGUAAACCGGAUGUGCAGUCGGAUGACCCGCAGUUUGUUCGCAUUGUGCGAGAGGCCGAUCGACGAUUGGGAGAACGGUUGAACACUCCGACAAUAAAACCGGAAGACAACGGCGGCAGUGGAUCUAACAUCAUGGAUAGUGAAGACUUUAUCCAGAAAUAUUGUUAUCCUUGUCGGCAAAUACGAGGCAACUUGUAUAAUACGCCACCAAACAUGAGCAAGCAGGAGCUGAAUUAUUUGCUGAAGUUUGUAUUCGAAGAGUACAAAUCAUGGCUUCCACACGACACGUAUUCCCCUACACGACUGUUCAAUAAUCGUCCGCGUAUUUCUGAAGUGGUAGAUAACAUGGAUUUGUGCAAAAAACUAUUGCUACGUUGUCCCAUAUCCAUGGAUACAAUUCAGCAUAAGCUCGAAGAUUCCGAGUACGAGAGAUUGGAGGAGUAUAGUGCAGAUAUUCUGGACAUUGCUCACAACAUCGGGAUCAUUCAUGGAUCUACUUCCCUUGAGUACAACGCAGUGAUGUACUUUGUUACGGAUAGCGUCUAUGAUUUGUUUGAGAUCCGUCAGUGUUCGGAUUGCUUCCGACACUCCAAUGAAAAAGCGGAGCCAGACUGGUUUGCAAGACCGUGCAAUACCCGUCAUGAGCUGGUGUUCGCCAAGCAUAAAGGAUACCAAUACUGGCCGGCGAAGGUCAUCCGGGUGGUGAACAACAAGUACGAUGUUCGCUUUUUCGGUGACAAACAUUCUCGGGCUGUUGUCGAUGCCAUUUUUGUUAAGCCCAUUGACACAGAUCUCGAGGUAUUGAAAAUCAACCCGAAAAAGACAGGUUUUUCGAAAUCGAUGGAAGAAUUGCAUAAGCAUAUGGCGUUGACGUCUCUACCCAAGGAUCACUAUGCAUAUGGUAAUCAGCCAGCAGGCACCAUUGACGUAAUUUUAAGGAAUGCGGGAAUCGGAUCAAUUGUAUUUACGGGUACGCAAAUUUCGGCGCCACCUGUAAAGAAACGGGGCCGCAGGUCCAGAGCGCAAACAAGGAAGACCAUAGAUUUGCUGGGAGAUAGCGCAAGUUCAGCAUCCGAAUCGUUUGAUCAGAUUUCGCUGCAAAGUUCCAGUUACAGUCCCGCUACUCCAAAUCGUGAAACACCCAACAGCCCACCCAGGAGUGUAGAAAAGCGGACCACAAGACAGGCAGAGAAACGGUCGGUUGAACCGACCGAGAGUAGUGAAAACUCGCCCGUUUCGUCAAAGAGCUUACGCCUUGAACAGGACAUCGUUUCAUUGAAUGGAUUCAGUUCAUCAACGGUGGUGAGUUCAGUUCGCAGCAAUGACAGUAUUUCGCUGGGAUCUGGCCCUUCGGAUGAAUCUCUUAAACCUCGCAGCCCCCGUAUUAAGGCUCAAUUGAAACGACAGUACUCGGAGGAUGUGGUGAAGCUGAAGGCCCUGAUGGAUCGGAUGGACGAUAUUGAAAAGAUUAAGCAGCUGGCUGCGGACGCGCUUCAGGAAGAUAUUAAUCGUUGGCAGCAAAAAUUGCGCAGUCUAGUCAAAGAGUACACGUCACGUCUCAGUGAGGUGAAACAAAAGCAGUGGUGCAAAAGCUGCGAACAUGAGUCGAUUCUGCACUGCUGUUGGAAUACGUCUUACUGCUCCCGGGAUUGCCAGGAGAAAGACUGGCCAACCCACAAGAAACUACACAAAUUUUCCAGCAAACAACAACAGCAUUAGAGUAGCCACAUCAAUCGGGUAAGUUUGCCCUUUACUUCCCAUAUGGAUCUCCGAUGUUAGUUCUAUCGACUCGUACAUUUUAAUGUGGUAUUAUUACAGAUAGGCAUUAUCUUUGUAGCUUUGUUUUUUUGUAUUAUUUGUUUUCAUAUUAAUGCGAUACUAUGAAUUGAGCGCAGCUUAGUCUAUUACAAAGACAAACAUGAAUUGGAAUUUGUCGGCUUUAUUGAAAGUCAUUUGUUGAAUUUAAUAAACACACAUCAAAAGUUGGAGUUA